AUGCACUAUUUAUAUGUGCCUCCAAAUUUUCGCUCCGAAAACUUCUUCACAUAUGCCCUACCCUGUCUCCCCCCCCCCCCCCCCCCACCGAAUCUGUCCUCUCACAAUCUUCCCCUAGCAUGGGCGAGCACUGCUAUGAAUCCCGCGGCCACCCCCGAUUCCCCACUAAGCAACGACAGACCUGGAGCUGAAGAAGAACCCGCCUCAGAUUCAGAAACAAGCUCCAACUCCUGCCCCUCGGAAUGCUACGAGCUCCAAGCCUUCCAGGAAUGGGACGCGGGCGAACAAACCCACCGCGUCGCCUUGCUGAUCUUCGAGCACGAUCACAAAAUGUCACAGCCCCAUGAUAUGACGGGUCUGAUAUUGCAGCGCAUCCGCGCAUUCCGACACGUUCCCUCUCCGCUGAGGAAGGAGGUUGUGUUUGUCCAUGGGCGUUUAGUUGCGGGGUGGAAAGGGUUGAAGAGGAGGGUGAUAAUGAAGAGGUUUCUGGAAGUGAUGGGCGGUGGGAAGAGUAAGAAGAUGUUGUAA